AUGCCUAGCACAAUCACAAUGAAGCGCAAGCUGGACGCAAACGAUGUCCCAUCCCCCGAGGCCGCUGCGGCCGAGGACCAAGAACUCGACUUUGAAGCCCUGAACCUCGACCCUCGAUUGCGCCAAGCUCUCAUUAAGGAAAAGUUCACCAAACCUACACUUGUACAGUCCAAGGCGAUUCCUCUUGCAUUGGAAGGAAAGGAUAUCCUUGCCCGUGCGAAAACCGGCUCUGGCAAAACCGCCGCCUAUGUCCUCCCGAUCUUGCAAGCCAUCCUCCAGCAGAAGACUGCCGACCCCUCCUCCAAAGCCACAACUGCUCUCAUCCUUGUCCCCACUCGCGAGCUUGCAGAACAGGUUCAAAAAGUGAUUACAUCUUUCGCUAUUUUCUGCGGAAAGGAUAUCCGGUCAAUCAACUUGACUCAGAAGGUGUCCGAUGAAGUUCAGCGUUCAUUGUUGGCCGAUUUCCCGGAUAUCGUUGUUUCCACGCCUACCAGAGUUUACAGCAACGUCAACAACUCCGCUUUGUCGCUCGAUAAAAUCACGCAUUUGGUCAUCGAUGAGGCAGAUCUCGUUCUGUCUUACGGAUAUGACGAAGAAAUCAAUGCGCUUUCCAAGGCAAUUCCGCGUGGGGCGCAGACAUUCUUGAUGAGUGCUACACUCACUUCAGAGGUCGAUACAUUGAAGGACUUGUACUGCCGAAACCCGGUGAUUCUUAAGCUGGAGGAGAAGGAAGAGAAGGGUGCUGGUGUCAGCCAGUUUAUCGUCCGAUGCGCGGAAGAUGAGAAGUUCCUUCUCACCUACGUCAUUUUCAAACUGCAGCUUAUCAAGGGCAAGGUCAUCAUUUUUGUGGCAGAUGUGGACCGAUGCUACCGUGUGAAGCUCUUCCUUGAACAGUUCGGCCUCAAGAGCUGUGUCCUCAACUCAGAACUCCCUAUCAACUCCCGAAUCCACGUUGUGGAAGAGUUCAACAAGGGUGUCUACGAUAUCAUUGUUGCAGCCGAUGAGCAAGAAGUAAUGGGAGUGGCCAAAUCUAAGAAGUCUCGCCAAGCCAAGGAGGCUGAAGAAGAGGAAUCUAAAGAAGAGGAAGCCAAAGAAGAGAUGGGAAGCAGCGAGGAUGAAGAGGCAGUUGAUGAGAGCGAAAAGGCCAAGAAGCCGCAAACACAGAAGCGCCGCAAGAUGACUAGCAAGGAGAAGGAUUACAGCAUUGCUCGUGGCAUUGAUUUCCAAAAUGUCGCCUGCGUCCUCAACUUCGACCUCCCUACCACCUCCAAAUCUUACACCCACCGCAUCGGACGUACCGGCCGCGCUGGCAAGGCAGGAAUGGCCCUUUCAUUCGUUGUUCCCACCGAGAAGCACGGCAAGCACAGACCCACCUCAAUCCCCAGCACAAAGCACGACGAAGCCAUGCUCGCCAAGAUCAUCAAGAGACAAACUAAGCUCGGCCAUGAAGUCAAGCCCUACCACUUCGAGAUGUCGCAAGUCGACGCCUUCCGAUACCGUAUGACCGAUGCUCUCCGCGCUGUGACUAGACUGGCAGUGCAGGAAGCUCGAGGACGCGAGAUCCGACAGGAACUAAUCAAGAGUGAGAAGUUGAAGCGCCAUUUCGAGGAUAACCCCGAUGAGCUGCGACAGCUGCGUCACGACGGCGAGCUCCGUGCUGCGCGUGUCCAGGCGCAUCUUAAGCAUGUCCCCGAUUACCUGAUGCCUGCUAAGGGCCGCAAGGGUCUUUCAAAGGAGAAUGUUGGGUAUGUUGGCUUCUCAAAGUCAAAGCAGAACCGCAUCCGCAAGGCGAGAGACCGCAACCGUGCUCGUGGAAAGUCCGGUGGAAAGGUUGAUCCUUUGAAGACAUUUAAUCGGUCGAAGAAAUAG